AUGAAGAGGGUGGGGGGGAUGGCAGCGCAACGGUUAAGGGCGGGAGGCUGCGGCGAGGAAGAGGAAAUCUCGGCAGGAACAAGGAGAGGGAAAGGGCAGGGCUGGGGACGGCGACACAACCGGGACCUGCCGGGAGCCCCCGCCGUGGCACUGGGACCGGGGACCGGGACCGGGGACCAGGACCGGGCACCGGGAGCAGCCCCGGAACGGGCACCGGUUGGCGCGGGGCUCGGCGGGCAGGAGGCGGCCGGGAUGGAGAAGCUCCCACCAGGCGAGGAGGAGGAGGAGGAUGAAGAGGAUGAGGAGGAUGAGGAGGACAUGGCGGGGGACGCCGAGGCCAUCCUGCGCUACGAGGAGCGCAUCGCGGGGCUGGUGGCCACGGUAGCCCGGCUGCACCACCGAGCCCAGCAGCUGCAGCGCCGCACCGGCAGGUACCGGCACAUGGUGGCCACGGGGCUACCACCGCCCGGGCACCCCCAUCUCCGGCCUUCGCCGCCCCACAGGGAGGAUGAGGAAGGUUGGGAGGGCACCACCAGCCUCCCUGAUGCCAACCCGCAGCCCCGGCACCUCGACACCAGUAUGGAAGCCCACGGCCCCGACCUCUUUGCUGACCUGCAGCACGCCGUCAGCUCCCUGGAACGCACCGUCUUCUCCCGGCACCGGCGGGCACCGGCACAACCCCUGCCCGGUGAGGAGUGGGCACGGGCGGCCAAGAGCCUGGAGGAGCUGGACCGGGCACCACCGGGCUGGAGCGGGAGGGGGAUGCCCGGGGGUCCCGGGGAGGGAGCGGGCGAGGGGCUGCCGGCGGAGGAGGCGGCGAUGGCGGCGGCGGUGGCGAGGAACGCGGCACUGAGGGCGGCCUUGGGACGGCGGGACGAGGAGCUGAGCCGGGCUACGGCCUCCCUGGGGGGGCUACGGGGGGAGCGGGACCGGCUGGAGCAGAAGGUGGGAGCCGCAGGGGAGCAGAGCCCGGGGCACAGAUGGGGGUCCAGCCCCACAGCGACGGAGGGGCCGCAGCUCCCGGGGCGAGCGGAGCCGGACAGCCCGGAGGAGAGUGGGGACAGCGGGUCCCCGGGGCUGCGGAGCACCCCGGCGCCCCGUGGGAUGGAGGAGGGGGCAUUGAGGGAGCACAUUCGGGGGCUGCGGGCCGAGCAGGCGGCGGUGGAGGCGUCCCUGCGUGAUGCCCCCUCACCCCCCCGCGGUGACACCCCCCGCAGCCAGGAUGCCCGUGCCCGGGCUGAGCGGGCGCUGCGGGAUGCCAGGGCUCUCCUGCACGGCUGGAAGCGACCGGAGAAAGCGGAGCUGCUGCGGGACUUGGCAAUGCUCAAGGAGGCCAUGGCCGACCUGAAGAUGCUGCUGCAGUUGAUGGAGAAGGAGAAGAGGCGGCUGGAGGUGCUGGUGGCCGGGCAGGGGCCGCGGGAGGCCGCGCUGCGCCUGGUGCUGCAGCACCUGGAGCGGGAGCGGGAUGAGGGGCUCGGCCGCCCCCCCAGCUCCUCCAGCAGCUCCAGCAGCAGCGAGGAGGAUGCCCAGACCCGUCAGCUGGGAGCGGGGUCUCCCCGACACCCCCCGGACCCCGAGAGGAUGGCGGAGGAGCUUCGCCGUGCCCUGGCCAGGGUGGAGGAGCUUCGUGCCCGGUCGCAGGCGCUGGUGGUGUCCCUGGAGCAGAGCAGUGCCACCAGCCGCGCGCAGCAGGCGCAGUGCGUCGCCCUCACCGCAGACUUCUUCCACGCUCACAGCGCGCUGGCCCUGGGGUACCGGGGUGCCCGUCGGAAGCAGGCAGCCCAGCUGCGGCGGCUGGAGGCGCAGGCGGGUGCCCUUUGCAGGCAGCACGCCCGGCAGGCACAGGCACUGGCCCACAGGCUACAGACACUGGAGCAGGGGACGGCCGGCAACGAGACCUGCAUCUAGGGCCACC